CUCUCACUCUCUUCAAAUUCGGACCAUCCGCGUUUAUUUCACGCACAAACCCUCUCAUAUAUACACAUCCAUAUACAUAUACAUGCGCGUGUGUUUAUAUAUAAUUAUAUAUAUCUGCUACUAAAUUUUGUAAUUCUCUCAGUUUCAUAUUUCCAAAAUCUGGAUCCACCGCUUUCGAAUCAAAGCCCCAAACUUGUUUAUCUCUGUUCCUUCAGUCUCUCUAUCUCUGUCCAUUUUGUAUCUCUAUCUUUGUGAGCUGCAAAUAACAAUGAGGAAAGGUGCAAAGAGGAAGGCGAGUCAGAGGGAAGAAGCCAAGCCUUCGCAGGAGAGCCCUCAGAAGUCAAAGAAAGCAACUUCUACUAGGGCUAAGCGGGUCAAGGCCAGCAAACCCGAUUCCGAGCCCGAGUACUUCGAGGAUAAGCGCAACUUGGAAGACCUAUGGAAGGAAGCAUUCCCAGUUGGGACAGAGUGGGAUCAAUUGGACUCAGUCUACCAAUUCAAGUGGAAUUUCUCAAAUCUAGAAGAUGCAUUUGAAGAAGGGGGGAAGCUACAUGGGAAGAAAGUUUAUCUCUUUGGUUGUACAGAACCUCAAUUGGUCUUUUUCAAGGGUGAUAGCAAAGUUAUCUGCAUACCUGUUAUAGUGGCUGUUGUAUCUCCCUUCCCUCCUUCUGAUAAGAUUGGGAUAAACUCGGUUCAGAGAGAGUCUGAAGAAAUUAUCCCAAUGAAACAAAUGAAAAUGGACUGGGUUCCUUAUAUUCCUCUUGAGAACAGAGAGAGCCAAGUUGAUAAACUGCACUCUCAAAUAUUUAUAUUGAGAUGUACUCAAAGAAGGGCUGCUUUGAAACACUUGAAGUUAGACCGUGUCAAGAAAUACGAGUACUGCUUGCCUUAUUUUUACCAGCCCUUAAAGGAAGAUGAAUUGGAGCAAAGUACUGAGGUUCAAAUAAUAUUUCCAGCAGAACCAAAGCCGGUUUUCUGUGAAUUUGAUUGGGAGUUAGAUGAACUUGAGGAAUUCACAGACAAGCUAAUCCAGGAAGAGGAAUUGUCUGAAGAUCAAAAGGAUGCCUUCAAGGAGUUUGUUAAGGAGAAAGUUCGAGAGGCGAAGAAAGCUAAUCGAGAGGCAAGGGAAGCUCGGAAAAAAGCGCUUGAAGAGAUGAGUGAGGAAACUAAGGCGGCGUUUGAGAAUAUGAGGUUUUACAAGUUCUACCCUGUGCCAACACCAGAUUCACCUGACGUAUCAAAUGUUAAGGCUCCUUUCAUAAACAGGUAUUAUGGAAAAGCUCACGAGAUUCUGUGAUUGAUCUCGAGGAUCAGUAUGGCCGAGGUGUGGUCUCAGCCUGCCAAGAUUGCCAAAGCAGCUAAGAUGCCCAAAGUUUUUUCCCCCCCUUUAGGAGGCAAGCCCCGGUUGCCUGUGUCACAUUAAUAGACAGAGCGCAAGUGUCUCUGAGGAAAAGAGGAUGUAAACUAGAGUUUCAGAAUUUGUAGACAGACAAAUGAGAUGCUCUUCUCACCAUAGGAUGAAAUUGUAAGAUACAUUAUUGAGGCUUUUCAAAAUUUUUAAAAUGAGUUAUUGAGCUCCCAAGUUAAAUACUCAAGGGUUUUCGACGUCUCA